AUGGCUGCACAAUCGAAGGAGGACCCUCUUAUGGUCCUCUACAUGCGAUAUCUCGAUCUAUUGCGCUCGCGAAUCCGUCGCACCUCUCGAACCACGAGGUUAAUAGCCGUUCUUGCGUUCACCUUGAGUGUUGUUUCAUCAGGAUAUGGCAGCUACAAACGGUGGAAGAGGAGGUCAGAAGACAGAGCUCAAGGGCGAAAGCUGUUGCGCAAGAACAGCGGAUUGAAAGGGAAAGAUGGCGAGAGGACCAUAUUCGUGCCACGAGGAGAUUCUAUAUCCAAGGUGGUCAUUCGUCCUACCAAACCAACCACUUUCGACGCUCAUCGUAGGCUCUUUUUGACACCACCCCGAGUGACUAGAUUGCAGUCGGGCACCUCAACUCCUGCCCAUGGACCACCACCACAGACGAAGCCUGGCCUCAACCUUGCUUUUUUACACCAGUUCCUGAGCUUAUUGAAUAUCAUGGUUCCAAGGUUUAAGUGUAAAGAAACCGGAUUGCUACUCGGCCAUGGCGUUUUUCUGAUCCUCAGGACUUACCUAUCGCUGGUCGUGGCUCGGUUGGAUGGCGCUAUCGUUCGUGAUCUGGUGGCUGGAGAAGGAAAGUCCUUUUUGCUUGGGAUCUUGAGAUGGCUCUCUGUUGGUACUCUGGCAUCCUACACAAACAGCAUGAUCAAGUUUCUGCAAUCCAAGAUUUCUAUCGCCUUCAGGACUCGACUCACCCGAUACAUUCACGACCUCUAUCUGAACAAAAACCUCAACUACUACAAGCUCAGCAACCUCGACGGUGGUGUUGGACAAGGUGCUGACCAAUUCAUUACUCAAGAUCUUACUCUGUUCUGUACAGCCGCGGCGUCUUUAUACUCUUCUCUAGGCAAACCGCUGGUCGAUUUGUUUGUGUUCAAUUAUCAGCUCUACUUGUCCCUCGGCCCACUCGCUUCGACCUUGCUUCUAUCGAACUACUUCACUACUGCGACACUCCUUCGUCGGCUCUCCCCACCCUUUGGCAAAUUGAAAGCUGUUGAAGGCAAGAAAGAGGGUGAUUUCCGAGGCUUACAUGCACGGCUCAUUGCCAAUGCGGAAGAGGUGGCCUUCUAUGGUGGCAGCGAUGUCGAGAAAGUCUUUGUGAACAGAGCAUUCGAGGAUCUGAAGAAGUGGAUGGAUGGCAUAUACAACCUGAAAGUACGCUACAACAUGCUCGAAGACUUCAUCCUUAAGUACUCAUGGUCUGCCUUCGGAUAUGUGAUAACCUCCUUACCUGUCUUCCUACCAGCAUGGGGUGGUCUAGGUGGGCGAAACGAGCUAGUCCCCACUGGUAUCGAGGCUCCGAGAGAACGAGGACGAAUGAAGGAGUUCAUCACAAACAAGAGACUCAUGUUGUCACUGGCUGACGCUGGAGGCAGAAUGAUGUACAGCAUUAAAGACUUGUCCGAGUUGGCAGGAUAUACAAGUCGCGUAUAUACCCUCAUCAGCACAUUACAUCGCGUUCAUGCAAGUGCAUAUGCUACACAUCGACGAACGAGACCAGGAGAGCUUUACUCCCUCACAGACGUGCAGGGUACACUACAUACUGGCUUUGACGGUGUUCGUCUUGAAGACGUGCCAGUUGUGGCACCUUCGAUGUAUCCAUAUGGUGGUGAUGAACUGAUUGAAAGUCUAUCUUUUGUGCUUCACAGUGGUGAUCACCUCUUGAUAUCUGGUCCAAAUGGUGUCGGCAAAUCCAGUAUCGCUCGCAUCGUUGCAGGUCUCUGGCCAGUAUAUCGCGGUCUUGUCUCUCGGCCACGACAAGUUGGCAUGGAUGGUAUAAUGUUUCUUCCUCAGCGGCCAUACUUGUCUGUCGGCACUUUACGUGAUCAAGUCAUAUACCCCCACACCGAAGUGGACAUGCGCGACAAUGGCAAAAACGAUAAUCAACUACAGCAAGUUCUUGACGCAGCACGACUUGGCUACCUGGUCGACAGAGAAGGUGGCUGGGAUACCCGCAAAGAGUGGAAGGAUGUCUUUUCUGGAGGCGAGAAACAACGUAUGGGUAUUGCACGGUUGCUGUACCACGAACCAAGAUACGCCUUCAUUGAUGAAGGUACAUCCGCUGUCUCGUCAGAUGUGGAAGGUCUGCUUUACGAGACUGCAAAAGACAGAGGUAUCACCUUGAUCACCAUCAGCACACGAGCUAGUCUGAAGAAGUAUCAUACGUAUAAUCUGGUUCUUGGUCUUGGCGAAGAUGGCUACGACUGGGACUGGAAUCAGAUUGGUACAGAAAGUGAAAAGCUCGGAGUUCAGAAAGAGGUACAUGAGCUAGAAGAAAGACUCGAGAAAGUACCAGAAUGGGAGAAGAGGUUAAAAGAGAUUGACGAAGAGCUCAACAAAGUGCUUGUUGUGAGGAUUGAUGGCAAAAACGUUGAGCUUCCUGCAGAAAGCACUGUUUCUUCGCAAAUGGAGCAGUCGGAUAGCUCGUGA